AUGGCCAGUGCAGACUGGCGCAAUAAAACAGCUACAGAAUUCAUCCUACUGGGAUUUGGGGAUCUCCCUGAGCUGCAAAUUCUUCUCUUUCUUCUUUUUUCAGUGAUCUACAUUGUGACCAUGGUAGGGAACAUCCUAAUCAUUACACUUAUUGUAACUGAUCAGCACCUGCACACCCCCAUGUACUUCUUCCUGGGGAACUUGUCCUGCUUGGAGACCUGCUACACCUGCACCAUCCUGCCCAGGCUGCUGGCCAGUCUCCUGACAGGGGACAGAACCAUUUCUGUGCAGGGCUGCCUUACACAGUAUUAUUUGUUUGGUUUAUUUGGAGCCACAGAAUGUUAUCUCUUAGCUGCAAUGUCUUAUGAUCGGUAUUUAGCAAUAUGCAAACCACUGUACUAUGGAGCCCGUAUGAAUGGCAGAUUCUGUGUCCUGCUGGCCGCAGGGUCUUGGAUAAAUGGGUUUUUGCCUACUACCAUAACAACAUCUUUGAUGUCACAACUGCCUUUCUGUGGCCCUGGCAAGAUUGAUCACUUCUUUUGUGACUUCACCCCAGUGAUAGACCUCUCCUGCAGCGACAUCCGCUUGUUAGAACUUUUGGGUGUUGUCCUGUCGGGUGUAUGUUCACUGCCCCCAUCUCUACUAACUGUAACAUCUUAUAUUUGUAUCAUCACCUCCAUCCUGAGAAUGCCUUCCACCACCGGGCGGCAAAAGGCCUUUUCCACCUGCUCCUCUCACCUCAUUGUGGUUACAACUUUCUAUGGGACCCUGAUCAUUGUUUAUCUCCUCCCCAAAACUAAGAUACUGCGAGACCUGAACAAAGUGUUCUCCGUCUUCUACACCAUCCUGACGCCCCUUGUCAAUCCACUCAUCUACAGCCUGAGGAACAAAGAGGUAAAAAAGGCCCUAAAAAAAGCAGUCAGUAAAUUUAUGGCUUUUGCAAGAAUUUAGAGACAGUUAGGUCACUGUUUUAGCUGUCAAUGAAAUGGCAAUAAACUGAGGAGAUUUACUGAAUGUGGGAAACAGAUCUUUCUGUUUGGUGUUGUGCGGUUAUUUCUUCAGAAUAGCUAGUGAUGACUUGUGGCAAAGAAGAAUGAAGUUACUAACUAAAUAAUCAAGACUUCUCCAGGGUCAAAAAAAAUGAGUGAUAGCCUGACCCUGCUGAAAUGAAUGGCAAAACUUCCUUUGAUUUUAAUGGAGCAGGGUUUCACCUAGUAAAAUAACACACCUGUGAUGCUGUACCCCAUAAUGCAACACCAUUCAAAUGUAAUUUACCCAUUGUACCCACUUUAUAUAACAAUUGUUAUGCACGGUACAAAUAGGCUUGAAAGCAUUAGAUUUUAAUCUGUAAAUAUCAGUACAUGUUGAUUUCACCGUGCACACUCAAACUGUCGAAAAAAUAUUUCCAUAGAAAAUUAUA